AUGAUUCACGACCACUUGAGGAAUCUUCAAGGACCGCCGAGACAGUCGUACGCAUUUCGCGUUGACAAUCUCAGUUGCAUUGGAGAGUGGGAAGCGCAGGAAGAUAAGGAAGAAGCUAGGGCAGGGUUUGAUAACGAUAAUGAGUGGGAUGAUCAGGAGUAUGCUGACUCAAUGGCAGGUGAACUGCAGGAAAAGGAGUGGCAAGUGAGCAACGCAGGUCCAUUUUUAAUACAAGACGAAGGAAGAGGCACUCAGGGCUUCACCUUUUAUUCGGAAAUGCUGCUGAGUGCACUACAGCGAGACUUUCGCACGAAGGAACCAGACAUUCGAAUGAACAGCGGCACAGGCGCCGAGCCAGACCCACCAGAGCUAGAUGCCAUGGACUACCGAAGCGAGUACUCCAUGAUGAAUGAUGCUCACGGCUCAGCCAACAUAAGCGAUGUGAACAACUGCCACAGUCUGAUGGUGGUAAUUGCGGGCCUUCCGUUUUUCUUUCCCGUGACAAGCAGACCAGUGAGAAAUGGCGAGGAGCUCCUCCUCUCUUACGGACCGCACUACUGGACGGAAAGCCAGUCGACGGAAACCCUGCUGUCGUCAACGUUUCUUCACAUGAAGGCAAUGAUUAACAUGGCAUUUCAGAACAAGAGGGAUGCAAUAGACCAAGAAGCCAGCGUCAGGGAGGGUCACGCUCGGCUGGAAAAAUCUCUCGCAGACGAGAGGGCAGCAGAAGAAGUUUCCCACCUACUGGCACGCCUAGAUUUAUGUGACGACCCGGCAGAGCAGCGUAGCAAAGCGAAGGAAUGGGUAGACGAGCUGAAAGGGCGCCUGGUACAAGAAGGAAGAGGACAGGCUAUAUUUGAGGCGCUGGACAGGGUUACAAGGUCUCUUGCCAAAGAAGGUAAUUUAGAGGAGAUAGUUUCGGAUCUAAGAAGUUUAAAUGAAAUUUUUAGGAGAGAGUACCAGCUUCGCACGUUAGAUUUGAAGACGCAGGUCAAGCGCUCCGAGGAGGCUCGGCGGAAGGCAGAGAGGAAGAUUGCUGAGUUGCAAUUCCAUGUUACGGCUCUUAACAAGAGUUCCCAGCUAUUGGCGUCCAGGAUGGAAAAAAUGCAACUCGAGCUCCAACGCAUGCAUGCCGUUACCUCAAGGCAUCUUGUCGAGAAAGACAGAGCCAUUUGGUCGAAGAGGUUUUGCAACGAGCUUUGCCCCUAUGCGAAAGUGACGGAGCUUCUCGGCGUGCAGGGCCUGCCCGUUCAUGCGACUGAUGUGUGCAAGGCGAGACGAUACCUUUUGGAAAUGAACUUACUAGACCUUCACACGGGCAAGUGCGACCAGUGUGGCUUGCCUUUCGUAAAGGGGCCCCUUGCUCCUCACGGAGAGCAAGAACACUUCUGGCACUGCCGUGCAGAAAGCCAUGACAUAGCUGAGCUCGUUGACGAGGGUGAGAAGCUGGCGAACGGGCAGGGUUUGCUACUGCAGUAUUGCCUCAACCUACUCUCGCGGGACUCAGAAUUGUGCUGGUUUCUCUUUGAGCUGCUAUGUUGCCUAGCUAAGACCUUUGCGCGGCUUCGUCAUAAACACAUAGCGCGACGUGUGCAGUGGAUGCGAUGCCUCCAGAGCGGGGCUACCGUAAAACUGCCUUCUCAGAUUGGUGACAUCCGUGAGGCGCCCUUUCCAAACAAACAGGAGUUUCCACAGCACGACGAGACAGUCUUACAAAUGAAAGAUGAUGAGGUUGAAGAUGGCGAGAUACGACCUCCUGAUGCGUGCACCCGAGUCAAUGCGCCGAACAUCCAGUCAACAGGAAAUGUUAGGGUGGCUACUAAAGGCCACUCACAUUCACAAAGCGGCGACGAUCUUCUAAAUACAACAACAGAAGAGGAGUGCCUCGUCUGCGAUUUCGGAACUGGCAGCGCGUGCGGUUUCGAAUCAAGUGGAUAUGGAAAAGGGUAUGAGCCACUGCCUUCUGGACAGUCAUUCUUCGCCUGUUCCGCCGAGCUGACUGGCACUGCGUACGCAGACUGUGUGGGAUUUGAGUAUGGCCGCAGCAAUCUAAGAUUAGCUGGUGGCCAUACAGUGUCCAGUCUGAAUGAGCACAGGGACGGCAGGCGGGUCUGCGUUUGUGGCGGGAAAGCUGGCUGGGAACGUGCGACCAAACGGUUUCGCUACCUGGCUCCCGUUCCGGAAGAUAGAUGUGUUUUUCGUUUGCAAAGUGGACUAUCAGGAGAAUACUGCAACGUCAAGGCGGAGGGAAGCUUCGAUUUAGAUUCCCUGGUGCUCGAUGUUUUCGAAGAUGACCCUGUCUUCGAUAACACCGACUGGGUGGCGUGGUUACUUGAUCUGGACGUGCUCCGGUGGGCUCUUCCUGGUGACACAGAAGUGGAGAGGCGCAAGCAGGUGCAUUUGCUGGUGUGCAACUUUCCUCUGUUGGUUCACACUGUACAUUCCGUAUGUUACAACAACUGCCUUGGCUUUUCAUUGAUUCCAUCGGCUCUAAACAAAAAUAAUUGGCUGGGAGAAUUUCUUGAGGCGGUUCAUCAGUGCAUCGAAGAAGUUGAAAGCGAAUCAGAAACGACACCGACUAUGUGGAUAUCACGUUUCUUCCGCGCUGUCGAAAACGCACAUAGGGCACUGUCCGCCAUUGAAGAAGAGAGGAAGACUGUAGAUGUUGUAGCGCUUGAGAGGGACCUUGCUCGGAGGCGUCAGCUGCUUCGGCAAGUGGAGGAGCUUCGGGACCGUCACGCUCUUGCAGCUAUCGAAGCUAGCCGGAAAGGCGUAUCCGUUAAUGACAAUGAUCUGCAAGUUGAUGCACUGGAGGAGGGUGAACUGUGGAACGAGAUACACAAGUUGUCUAACGCAGUCAAGACCCAGGUUUCUUUGCAUUUAAACGCUUGGAGGCAGCAGUUGGCAUACUUCAUUGAUACGCGGUACUUGCGUCUUGAGCAAUAUGAACGACAAGAAAUGUUGAAUUUGGAGCGUCUCCGCGCAAAACGCAGCGGAACGCAAGCUAUGCACGACACUGACAGGUAUAUGACGCGAGAGCAAAAGGCUCUAUCUUUUCGAGAAAAAAGCAAAGAAAUGCGCCGCUUUGAGGAUUGGAUUGAUCGAAUAAAAUAUUUUGCUGGACUAGAGGGGGGUAAUGUGCCAGCUGCAGUGAACAGGACGCUAGCAGGUAUUGCAAGGUAUGCAGAUGUGCGACCUGGAACGUGGGAAAGAGAUGUGACACGAAGCUCAACACUUGAGUUGAACAAGGAACUUGACGUCAUUAUAAACUCAGGGGAUGCUGACAACUUACUUGGAAAACCGCUGUUUGACUUGGCGAUGGAUCAGUGGCCCCAACUCAGGAGGCUUGUAGAUAUCGGCAGAAGGCGGACAUUACAGACGGCUAAUUCGCAACUUGCAGAGGCAGCAAAACUCCUUGAAUUUUCUCAUCAGCAAGAGCUCCGGUUGCAACAGCAAGUGCAAGAGCUCCAGGAAAGAGUGCAGCGCCUGCAGCUGCAGCAUCAAUCCAUUCAAGACCCUUCGGAGGAGCUGGUACUUUCUUUAAAUGUGAAUCUCACACUGUUGCCACAGACUUCGCAGUAG